UGCUAGCGGCUAAAAGCUGCUGCAGACAAGCCGGAGGGUCAGAGACAGCUAGGGCUAGGGGCUGGCUGGGGAAGCCAAGGUAGGGAUCCUAGAGCUGGAGGACAGGCGUUCCACGGUAGUUCCUGAGAGGUUCCCUGCGUUGCCAUCGCCUCAUCCCCUCCUUCUGCUCCCUCUGCCAAGCUACAGGGGUGACUGGGAACUGGAUCUCCUUCGGGGAGCCCCUCCAGUUGUGUGCGCAUAUCGAGCCAGCUGUGCAUUGAGCCGAGGCGGCUGGAAGAUGCUCAAGGGCUGCGGCCGCCGCUUGCUCCUGUCCUUGGUCGGAGCCCUGCUCGCCUGCCUCUUGGUGUUGACGGUGGAUCAGAGGCAGCAGCUGCGGCAGCGGUUGCCGCCGCCGCCGGAGGAGGAGCUCCCGGGGGGCGAAAUAGGACGUCGAGUCCUGCAGAGCCUGGCUGGUCCCGGCGAACCCCAGGGACAGGGACCACCGCCCCCGCCGCAGCCCCAGGAGGAGCCUGCCGCCUCACUGGCGGGGGCGCCUGGCCCCUCCGGCGAUGUCCGCAGCUUCUCGGAGUAUUUCGGUCAGCUGAGCCGAGCUAGGAGGGACGUGGGUCUCCUGCCCGGGGCAGCCCCGGCGCGCGAGAGCGUCCCCAGGCCCCAGAUGGAGAAGCUCUUCCCUAGAGACGUCUUCAUCGCAGUCAAGACCACCAAGAAGUUCCACAGAUCCCGACUGGACCUGCUGAUGGACACCUGGAUCUCCAGGAAUAAAGAAAUGACUUUCAUCUUCACAGAUGGGGAGGAUGAAGUGCUGAAACAACACACAGGCAAUGUCAUCAAUACCAACUGUUCUGCAGCCCACAGCCGCCAGGCCUUAUCCUGCAAGAUGGCUGUGGAAUAUGACAAGUUCAUUGAGUCAGGAAGGAAGUGGUUCUGCCAUGUGGAUGAUGACAAUUAUGUUAAUGUUCCGACACUCAUCAAGCUGCUGUCCAGCUACCCUCACACUCAAGAUGUCUACAUCGGCAAGCCCAGUUUGGACCGGCCCAUCCAGGCCACAGAGAGGAUCAGUGAGAACAAGAUGCGUCCUGUUCACUUCUGGUUUGCAACUGGUGGGGCUGGUUUCUGCAUCAGCCGUGGUCUGGCCUUGAAGAUGAGUCCCUGGGCAAGUGGGGGCCACUUCAUGAACACAGCAGAGAAGAUCCGACUGCCUGAUGAUUGUACCAUUGGCUACAUCAUUGAAUCUGUGUUGGGUGUGAGACUCAUUCGAAGCAACCUAUUCCAUUCGCACCUGGAGAAUCUUCAACAGGUGCCCAAGUCAGAGCUCCAUAAACAGGUGACACUGAGCUAUGGAAUGUUUGAAAACAAGAGGAAUUCCAUCCAUAUGAAAGGUGCAUUCUCUGUGGAGGCUGAUCCAUCCAGGUUCCGCUCUAUCCACUGCUUGCUGUAUCCGGACACUCCGUGGUGUCCUCGUAACGUGGUUUACUAGGAGACUUCACGUCUGUCCUUUAACCCUCGUCCCUGAGUUACCCUGGUAUCCAAAGGGCUCAUGGGACCUGUGUCGUGUUCUUGUCCUUGCUGUGCCCAUCAUGCACAGUAUGUGGGUGUGUGUGUUUGUGUAAUAGGCUGCUGUGUGGCCCAUGGUUACUGAGCUGGGGUGGGGAAGGAGGCAGGGAGACAAGGGCUGUCUCUCUGGACCCUGCCUCCACCACUGUCUUCUCAUCUUGGAGGAGGAGGAGACCCUAAAGCCUGGGAGAAAACAAAGAAGAAUUAGGCAGAGAAGGUGUCACCGUUGCUGAACCUGAUGUGCUUCCCAAUGGCAGUGCUAGAAGUUGUCCCGAGAUGGUCCUGGAGCUGUAUUGCCUGUCUCCUGUAUCAGCUGCUUUCUCUCCAACAGGACCGAUUUUUCUCUGGCGCUGCUGUCUUUAAGUCACUGCUGGGUGACUUUCCUAACCCUUGACCCACCAUUGCUACAACUAUCUGAAUCAUCUCUUCUUUUGGUGUUAUAUUCCAGGCUCCAGAUCCUAUCCAGAUGAAGGUUUUUGUUUGUAAGAGGUCAAUUGGGGUGGGAGGGAGGAAGAGGGGAGAGCAGGGCGAUUGAAAAGAUUUCUAAACGUCUAUCCUGAUUUGAGAGGAUGGGGUGCAUUGCUAGGUGUUGCUGCAAGUGAUGCGAGAAACAGAUCCCUUUUACCUGAGAUCCUUAAUCUCCUGGGAAGUGGCAUGUUCUGGAAUAGAGGAGAGAAAAAGAAAGAGAAAGUGUGAGUGUGUGUGCAUGUGCGCAUGUGAGAGCUGUGGCUGCCUCUCAGGACCCCAAGUUUACUGAAGGGAGACAAGGCCUAGA